UAGCUUCCUCUUCGCAUCCAUUUUCCCGAAGAGUGUAACUUGGUGUUUGCAUUUUCGUUGUUUUGAAGGAAAUUUUUAUUAAUAAUGUCUGGAGCUGGUCGUAAUGAUUGUAGAAUAUAUGUUGGAAACCUUCCACCGGAUAUUCGUACUAAAGAUAUUCAAGAUUUAUUCUAUAAAUUCGGUAAAGUAACAUUUGUCGAUUUAAAAAACCGACGCGGUCCGCCAUUUGCAUUCGUCGAAUUUGAAGAUCCAAGAGAUGCCGAUGAUGCUGUUCAUGCUAGAGAUGGAUAUGACUAUGAUGGUUAUAGACUAAGAGUUGAAUUUCCUCGAGGAGGCGGCGGACACGGUGGUGGUGGCGGAUUUAGAGGAGGACGAGGCGGAGGAGAUAGAGGAAGAGGCUCUAGAGGACCCCCUGCUCGCAGAUCUCAGUUUAGAGUUCUAGUUACAGGAUUACCACCAUCAGGAUCUUGGCAAGAUUUGAAAGAUCAUAUGAGGGAAGCAGGAGACGUGUGUUUUGCGGAUUCUUUCAAGGAUGGUUCAGGAGUUGUGGAGUUUUUGAGAUAUGAAGAUAUGAAAUAUGCAAUUAAGAAAUUAGACGAUUCCAGAUUUAGGUCUCAUGAGGGUGAAGUGGCAUAUAUUCGCGUCAAAGAAGACAAAGGGGGUAGCGAAAGAAGAUCUGGUGGUAGAUCAAGAAGCCGUUCGUUUUCACCACGUCGUCGCGGUUCUCCUACCUACAGCCCCGUCAAGAGAAGUUUCUCUAGGAGCCGUUCUCGUUCAUAAUUAUCUAAAUUUGGAUAUUAUGUAUGUAUAAUUCUUUUCAGGGCAGUUUUCUAUAGAUUUAGCUCUAUUCGUUUUCAUUUUACGAAAUUUUUAUAAUUUUGAUUAAUUCCUGAAGUGUUUUAAUUUUAUCAUAAAGGAAAAAUAUGCUCUGGGAAUUUGUAAUAAUUUACGAUGAGAUAAUUUUAUAUAGUUUUUUUUUAUCAAAAAAUUUGUGUGUUGUACAUUCCUACUAUAUUUUAACUAUGGAUUUAAAGCGCUGCGAAACCAAAAGAAAUUUCUCGACGCUCAUUUAUUUUUUUAUACAAAUGAUUGAAUUUUUUGACUUUUGGUUUUUGUCAUUGAAAUUCGUCUUUAGACCCAUUUUUAAAAAUAGUGAUAAGAUAAUAGGCACUAAUGUAUUAAUUUUUUGUUUUCUGAUUCUGGUACCUUUGCUGAACCUGUGUUAUCAGCGUUGGACGAUUUUGGAAAAAAUAAAAAAAAUAAGAUAAAAAUAAUGGCGUAGAAUUCUGUUAAAACACCCAGUUAAAACUGAUAAGGAAGGAGGGAGAGAGAGAGAGAGGAAUUAUGAAUAAUAUAUGUAUAUAAAUAUAUUAUUGGAUUUAUGACAGGAGUGGAGGGAAAGGAUUUUGUCUAAACUAGGAUUUUUCGAGGGAUAUAUAGGAUUAGGACUGAUAAUAAAAUAAAGGAAUUUGUGAGGAUCGGGAAAGGAUUAUUGGACAGCUUGGAUUUUUAUUUCGAUGAGUAUAUUUCAUGGCUGUUUAAAUUUUCAUUCUGAUUGUUGGAGUUCCUAAAUUUUUUCACCUUUUUUGUUGUUUAAUUUUUAAUCUUUUUAUAAAGAAAUUUCAAAACUUUGAUAUUUUAUUUCUCAUAAUUGUUGAAAAAUUUUUAAUAAAAUUUGUAAUUUUCCGUAUUUUCAAAUUUUUUUGUUUUUCAAAAUUAUAAAUUUUCGGAGAAAAUUACUGAAUAUACAAUAUAAUUGCCGAGAAUGAUUUAUUUUUUGAAUUGUUUCACCUUUUUGUUUUUCAAAUUUUUUCAAACUAUUCUGAGGAAUUUACAGUAAGAUAAUAUAUUUAUUUUAUCCUUCCAAAAUUCUUUUAUUUCUGAGUAAUAUAUACACUGAUCAAAUUUCAUUUGUUAUACUUGAAUUAUCAGUUUUUUACAAGGAUAUGUUGAAACCUAUUUUAUUUAUUUUAAUUCACUUUAUUAUUGAUAAUUUUUAGUAAAAUUUAUAAUUUUGUGGUUUUUCCAAAUUUUUCCUUUUUUCAUAAUUCUCUUCAAUUUUCUGAUGAUUUACUCAGCAAUCAAAUUCCAUUUGUUUUAUUCUUUAUUUAAAUGUAAUUUCUUCAAAUUUUCGAAUUAAUUUUAUUUUACAUUCUUUCAUUUUCUUUAUAUUUCUUCCUACAAGAUUUUAGAUUUUUGUGAUUUUUCCGCGUCUCUUUUAUUUUUUCUUUACCAAAUUCUUUUUAAUUUCUUAUUUUUUCCCAUAAACUGAAUUUUUUUAUCAAAAUUCAUGGUUUUUUACCAUUGUUUCAAGGCUUCAAAUUUUUUUUGUAUUCUUAAUAUAUUGAUAAAGCAGGAAUUAUGUUGUAUGUAUCUAGAAAGGGUUCAAAUUUGCUACUGAUUAUUUUUGAUUUUUUAUCGUUUUUCUUUAUAAAAAAUGAAUUAUUACAAACAAAAUCAACAAAUACAUCAAAAUAAUUGCCACGAAAUUUCAUUGAUUUUUGUCAUUUUGCCAUGAUUAAAUUCAUUAAAUAUGGAUAGCCAUGAAGUAUACUGUGGAUUUUCAAAUUUUGGACGUUCGGAAUUAAGAGGAGAGUGCUUAGGAGGAAAUGUAGCUAUAGGAGGAUUUUCGGAUGAUAUUAAAAAUUGGAAGGAAAAUAAUCUGGUAAAUAAACCAUUUUUAUAUCAUUGUUAACAUUUUUAAAAUGACUUUCUAUUUUAAAAUGCAUUAAAAAUGAAAACAGUUUCUGCUCUUUUACUAACUAGUUUUUUUUUCUGCGUUUUCUAAUAAUUUUAACUUGGUGGUGGAAUUAAGAUUUCAAUUUUACAUCAUACCUAAAUCGUUUUUCUUUAAAUCAAAUUGGUAUAAUUAUAUUUGAAGAUUAAAACUUUGCAACGUCGUAUAUCUUAAUAUUAAUUAAUUGAUGAAUUAGCAGAAAAUGUUUAAUAAUUAUUCGUUUCUAAUGGAUGGGGUUUGAGUUCUUCAAUUUAUUUUCAGUAAUUUAGAAUUUUUUCAAGUUUAAUUUCUCUUGGAAUUUUAACAAUUUUUAUAUUUGUAUUUUGAGCACAAAAAUUGUUUUGAAUUCAAUAGUUUUUUAUAAUGGAAUUUGCAAAUUUCUUAUUUUGAGAUCUUCCAUAUUUUUUUAAUUUUAACUUUUAUAUUCCAUAUUCAUCUAAAUAUCAUGUUUUUUGUGCCAAAAAUUUCAGAUUUUAUAAAUUUUCUCGGUAUUAUUUUGAUAUUAAUGUUUUUUUUAUUUUUUCAAUAAGUUUUUUGUGUUUUGACUUUUUCUUUAGAUUUCCAUUUUCUCAGUGUAUUUUUUCGUAUUUUCUCAAAUUCUAAUUAUAUUCGAAUUUAAUCAAUAGAUUCUGUUCGUAUUUCCAAAUUCUUUCAUAUUCAUUUAUUUUUUUAUGAAAAAAUAUCAAUUUUUAUGAAUUUUCUCGUAUUUUUUUUAUUUUAAUAUCUAUGUUGUCAAUCGAGUUUCCGAGCAACUUAUUUCGAAUUUAACUGAAUUUUUUAGCGUUUCGACUUAUCUUUGCAUUUUCAAUAUCUCAGUCUAUUUUUUUAGAUGUUUUUUCGUAUUUUUUCAAUUUUAAUUUUUAUAUUCGGAUUUUAUCAAGAGAUUUUAUUCGAAUUUCCAAAUUUCCUCUUAAUCAUAUAAAUUUUAUGUUUUUAAGACAAAAAUUUCCGAUUUUAGGAAUUUUUCUGUUAUUUUGAUUUUAAUUUUAUUUUUUGGAUUUUUCAAUAAAUUUUGUUUGACUUUUUCUUUGGAUUUCUAUUUUCUCAAUCUAUUUUUUUGAAGAUUUUUCUUAUUUUUUAAUUUUUAUAUUCGAAUUUUAUCAAUAAAUUUUAUUCAAAGUUCCAAAUUUUUUCUUAUUCAUAUAAAUUUUACGUUUUGACUUAUUUCGAAUUUAUCUCAAUAUUUUGAGUUUCUAAACUUUCUUCGAAUUUCCAUUUUCUCAGUCUAUUUUUUGAUAUAUUUCCGUAUUUUUUUAAAUUAUAAUUUUCAUAUUCGAAUUUCCUAAUUAUUUUAAAUUCAUAUAAAUUUUCAGUUUUUUAUAAAAAAUUUCAUAUUUUACUAAUUUUCAAUCUCUCAAUCUAGUUUUUUGAUGUUUUCUCAUAUUUUUUGAUUUUUUUCUCAUAUUUUCAUAUUCAAUUUUUGCCUCUACUUUCCAAAUUGUUUAAAUUUUCCGUAAAGUUCAGUAAAUACCCAAAUAAUUCUAACCUUUUUUUGUGUUUUAAAUUUUUUCACUCAGAUUUUUUAAGUCCUCCCAAAUUUCCAGUUUCUCUAUAACUUUUCAUAAUUUCACGAGUUUUUUUCGCAUUUUUAAUUUUAUGUGUCCAAUUUCCGAAUUGUUAAAUUUUUUUAGAAAUUUAACUGAUAUUUUGGUAUUUCCAAAUUCUUACUCAACAAUUUAUAUAACCAAAUCUCUAUUUUGCUUUGAAAAAGUUUUUUAUCUUAAUUUUUCAAUAUUUUUAUGAAAUUUUGGCAUUUUAGUUUUCUUAAAAUUAAUUCUAUUUCUUUCAAUAUAUUUAUAUGAAAAAAAUAAAGCUGAAUCCAUACAUUUAAAAUCGUUUUGUUUUCCACAUCUUAAUCCCACCACAAACUAUUGUUGCGGACACCAUUUUUUUUUCAAAAUUUCUCCAACGUAUCUCAUUUUUAAUUUUAAACAUUAAAAAAACAGUAUGACAGAAUUUGAUUCAACACUUCUAAAUCUCAUUAAUUUCUCGAAUUUAUUAAAAUAUUUCCAAAUUAAUCCUGUGUACAUAUUAAGCUGAUGUUUUAGGGUGUGAGCGUUUUGUGUUGUGCGAAUGAUAAAUGAGAAAAAUUUUGCGCUAAAAUUUUUGAAAAAAAUAAAAUAAAAAUGAGAUACUUUCCUCAUCAUAACAACAAUAUCAUCGGUGAAAAAGUCAAAAAAAGUUUGUAAAUAAAUUAUUUUUUGCCACGCGGUAGGUCUCGCAUUCUGGAGACUCCCGAGAGGAUCAGGAUGUGAAAUUUUCUAGGAUAAAGAUAGGAUAUAUUCCGAAAUAUGUAGGGUAACUAAAUGACGUUCGAAAAAAAAAUUAAAUAAAAAGAGCAAGUGGAAGAUACUUCGCAGGAAUAUUAUUACUAGCUUUUUCUAAGAGUGUCGACGUUUCUGAAAAAUAUUUUUCGUUCGUUUCAAAGGAUUUGAGGAUCUGUUUGCAGGUAUAAUUAAUUUUUUCUAUUUUUUGUCUUGUUUGUAUCUAUUUGAUUCUUGAAUAAACUGCUUUUUCACUA